AUGGUAACCCCCACCAAACUCCCAUUCCCCGAUUCCACCGCGCCCGCGCUUCACAGGGGCCAUCGUCGAAUCCCGGACCGUCACAGAGCGGCCUCGCCUGGGCCCUUGCAACUCCAUGUUCCAAAGACUCGUGAUCUUGGCCGUGCGCUUCAUCCCUCCAGAUCUUACCCCCCUAUAACCGGCGUCAAACCUAAUCAACUUUAUCGUACCGCUACUGGUUUGCCCCCACCCCCACCCCGUUCCAAGAAUCCAACUCCACAGCCGCCUACCAACCCGUAUCUAGCCGCGAAAGGAGACUCCAGAACUAGUCGACCCCAGGGCGAGAACGACCCGGCUAAGCAACAUCGUCGGACAAGGACGUUGAGCGAUGGCAGUAUCCGAGGGCUGGGACCGGAUGUUGUCCAGGUUCAGCUUCCCGAGAGGAGGUUCAACCUCAAGGAUCCGCUCAUCGAACUCGAACAUAGCCUCAAUAUGCUACGGUGCGCCAUCGAAGACCGCAAUCUUCAGAGUACUCAGAGCUGGAUCGGCUCCAGCCAGAGGGCCAUGAGGCAGCUCCUGAAGGCGACCGAGUCUCUUCCCCAGCAGGUCCUUCGCUCAUCGUCGUUCAAGAAGGCUCAGGAGGCGGUCGUUUCCUCACUGGUGCCUUUCACAUACUUCUUCGGCUUGCGCAUGUGUGGGUCUUCUGGCUGGACGGCUGCCCCAUAUCUCUUUGAGACAGUCAUUGAGAGGGUCGUCGCCUUAGUUUAUAUUGCUGAUGAUCUAAUUCAGCUUCUGCCUGGCGUCGCCUGUCUGUCUAGGUCUCGACUGCCUAAGCUGCUUCAAGGUAUCCUCGCUAGGCGACCCCCCAGCCAUUACGAUGCCGACUGCGACUACGUCUUCCAUGACUUCGACUACAUCCCUCCGGAGCUUUUGAAUGGCCCUCGCAAUCCUAUAGACGAUGCUCAGGAUUAUCUGAUCUAUCCCUCUGCCGUCGAGCAUGAUCCGAACACCAAGCCCGUGAUCGUCUAUGCGAGUCUUCCUGCCAUCGUAUCUCUUCUCACUCAAGACCGCGCCGAGCACGACGUAUCAGUUCGAGAGGAUUUGAACGAGAUCUUCUUCUGCUGCCUGCACUUCUUCGACUCUAAGGAACUGUUCUACGCUCUGGUUCAAAAGUAUCGCCCGCCACUUUUCUCCACGACGACGGACAGUAGAACGAUCGAGAACCUGCGACGCCAUGGCCAUACUCAACGUCGUGUCCUGGCCAUUCUGACUGCCUGGGUCACGAAGUGCUGGAGGUUCGCAGACGACGACGCUGUUCACGAGUUUAUCUGGGACUUUGCUUCCUCGGGACGUGUCUCGGGCCGCUUUCCUGCUGAGUGUCGCAGGCUGCUUGAGGGGCUGAAUGCUUUACAGUAUUACAAGAAAACAAAGCGUCUGAUCGGCCCUCGUCCCCUCAAUGAACAGCGACCUUGCGCUCACACUCCGAAAGGGCCCAGGCGCGUCGAUGUGGAUCGUUUGAACGCUGAGGCCCCAGACAAGACGGUUCAAGUCCAAUGCGGUUUACUUCCCAUCAGCACCAUCAUGGCCGAGCUCAUGUUCGACGACCUUCCUGCCGGCCGGCUCUUGACAAUCGCUCGCCAACUCACUUUGAUGGCGCACAACCUCUUCGUCGAAGUCUCACCGGAAGAGAUGCUCACUCACGAGUCCAAGCAUGAGAAUUGCACUACCUGUCGUGUUGCACACUGGAGGCCCAAGGUGGCACAGUUCAGUGAUAAUCUUACCAGUUGGGUCUCCCGGGCGGUUGUGGAUGAGGAGAAUCUCGACAGGAGAGUCACAAUUUUCAAGACUUUUGUAGAACUCGCCGAGAUGUUUUCCCAGCAGCAUGACUUUCAUAGCCUAUGCUCGAUCAUGAAUGGACUUAUUGCCGUAGGCUCAAAACUCACACAUACGCUCGAAGCAUUCGAAAAGCGGUCCCCGCGUGAUUUUGACGUGUAUAAACAGCAGAAAAUGCUCCACAAUGCCUUCUGUAAUCAAGGAACCAAACAUGCAAUGGAUAUUAUGGAGAAGAGUUCACAGCCCAUGGUACCUAUGCUCUCCAUGUUCACACAGGUGUACGAGCGCGUCCUCCGCGGUGGUUUCAUGUUCGUGACUUCCAAGCAAACGCAGAAGAGAGUACAUCACAUCAGGCAGUAUAGGCUCCUGACCCAGGCCGUUCGAUUGUCCAAAGGCAGCUAUGCGACUUCGUAUGACUACGGACCUAUGCCAGAGUUCCAGAGGCUACUUCGCGCCAUCAUCUAUGCCGAUCAGUCGACGCCAGCUGAACACGCCGCGGAGAAGGAGAGGAUUUAUCAGAGAAUCCAAGAGAUAGAGUCGAACCUCCCACCGACACCAGCACCGCUCGUAGAGACACGACCUCGUCGAAAUUCGCUCCGUCGAGGUGCAGAGGCACUGAAUUUCAAUUGUAAUGAGAUCACAGUCAAUUGUGAUCGCGAGGCACAUCACGGUGUCCUUGCGGCCAACGAUUGGUAG